UUCCAUCUCCAUCAGUCGUGAACGCUUCGGUUUUGAAGAGGCAUUCUUGCCACAACCUUAAUAUUCUCAACUAAUAACAACAAUUGGCAACGAUUUAUUUGUACACAUAAACUUAAAUUCAUCAAUUUUUACACUCGGAAAACACCUAUUAAUCAUUUGUAUCAUCAACGCGCACGAACAGCAAUAUGGGUCCUGUAAAGACCGCAAAUUUACCCAUCAUCCCCUUGGCAAUAGGUACCGUCCUACUUCCUGGGAUAGUCCUUCGCAUACCCGUAUCUGGUCAGCGAACAGAUAUCCCAGCCUUGCUGUCAGGAGUUUAUAGCAGAGCCGCUUCGACUACACCGAGUCAGCCCAUAGACAGUGUCAAUAUCGCUUGCGUUCCUUUAAACUCGCCAUUCCUCACUCAAGAUGGACAGAAGAUGAUCACUGGAGACGAGAAAGCUCCACGACCCAAAGAGCGAUUAGAUAUAAAACCAUCUGGUGCUACAAAGGAUGAUCUGUUUGGAUAUGGGGUGGCUGCCAAAAUAUCUGGGGUGGAGGGCACAACCGGCCGUUCAGGGGAAUUCGCCCUGUUGGUUGAGGGUGUGGCCAGGAUCAAAGUGGACAGGAUAACACAAGAGAGACCAUACCUUGAAGGAGAAGUUACAUAUCUAUAUGAUGAAGGUGAGUAGAUCUGCUCUUUUCUACAAUACAGUAUGUACUAACUUUGCAGAUGUAUCUACUGAGGAUGAUGCCAUCCAGGAACUUUUCGCACAUCUCAAACAACUAUCACGAGAACUUUUGACCCUCUUGCGACUUUCAUCCCUCCUACCCCGAACAUCUGGUGGGCUUUCGCCAGUACUUGCUCGCCGUCUCGAACUAUUUAUAGCAAAGAAGGACAUAUCGGAUGCCGGAACUCUGGCAGAUUUCAUGACGAAUGUGGUAGAGGCAUCGUUGGAGGAAAAGCUACUUGUUUUAGCUGCACUCUCAACUAAAGACCGCCUCGAAAAAGCAAUUGUUUUGCUUCAACGUCAAGUGGCCAGUAUCAACAAUAAUGUGAGAAUCACAACCGUCACCACCUCCAACAUCCCCGCAAAUAUAGAUAUUGAGCAAUUCAACAAAAUUAAUGGACAUCGUUUGCGAAGAAUAGGGAUGUCUGGUGUGCCGUUGCCGCCCAGUAUGGCGGGUAAUGGGGGAUCUCAGGAUGAUGAACAAGAGCCUGAUGAGGUUGAGGAGCUUAAGAAGAAGAUUGAUAAUGCAAAGAUGACACCCGAGGCAGCCAAGGUUGCAGACCGAGAACUGAAAAGAUUGAAGAAAAUGGCACCAGCUCAGGCUGAGUAUCAAGUCUGCCGGAGUUAUCUGGAGAACUUGAUUGAGAUACCGUGGUCUGAAAUGACUGAAGAUCAACUUGGCGUCGAUACAUUAUCGAGGGCUCGUAAACAGCUUAAUGAUGAUCAUUAUGGGCUGGAAAAUGUCAAGAAGAGGCUACUUGAGUAUUUGGCGGUUCUGAAACUCAAGCAGAAUACUAAUGAUGAGAUUAAUUCACAGCUCGCAAAAGCAGAAGAAGAAAAUGCAACAGCAAAAGUUGAAAUUCUCAAGAACAAGAAGAUGUUCGAUAAAUCGCCGAUUCUACUCCUUGUUGGCCCUCCAGGAGUAGGCAAAACUAGUUUAGCAAAGUCAAUUGCUACUGCCUUGGGUCGAAAGUUCCAUCGAAUCUCUCUCGGCGGCGUCAGGGACGAGGCGGAAAUACGAGGUCACCGCAGAACAUACGUGGCAGCAAUGCCCGGGUUGAUAGUCAAUGGCCUGAAAAAGGUUGGGGUGGCAAAUCCUGUCUUCCUGCUUGAUGAAAUCGACAAGGUUGGGUAGGUAACGUCGGUUGUCUCUGGGGGUUUCUGUAGCUGACACCUCCUCUAGCACAUCCAACUUCCAUGGUGACCCCUCGGCUGCCAUGCUUGAAGUUCUAGAUCCCGAACAAAACCACACAUUCACGGAUCACUAUGUCAAUAUACCUAUCGAUCUUAGUAAGGUUCUUUUCAUUGCCACAGCGAAUAGUUUGGAUACUAUCCCUCCACCACUACUUGAUCGUAUGGAGACAAUUAGCUUGUCAGGAUACACGACACUUGAGAAGAGACAUAUCGCCUUGCAGCAUCUAAUCCCAAAGCAGCUCCGCACAAGUAAGCCUUCACAAUCAGCUGAGAAUAUUGUAUACGGCCACUGACGCUGUGUAGAUGGGCUCGGAGAAGGACAGGUCGAGUUCAACCAAGAUGUUGUGUCCAAGAUCAUCGAAUCGUACACUCGCGAAUCAGGGUAAGCAUUGAUGGCAUAAUUUCCUAUCCCCUAAUCACCGAGCAUUCUAUACGCUAUAAGUUUAAGCUCGCCACUCUCAAGCACCAUUUUAGUAACGUCGCUGACAAUCUAAACUCUUAGUGUCCGUAACCUCGAGCGAGAGAUUGGAUCCGUAUGUCGUGCCAAGGCGGUAGAAUAUGCGGAAGCAAAGGAUUCGGGACAUACGGGUAGAGGCCCCUUCCGCAUGAUGGUUAGCCAGCGAAUACUGACAAGUCUUACAGAGAAGUACAAAGCACAGCUGUCCGUGGAAGACAUCGAGGAAAUUCUGGGCAUCGAAAAAUUUGACGAAGAAAUUGCCGAAAAGACAAGGUUUGCGCUCCAUUCACUAUCAUUAGUCUUCAGAAUUGAGACUUCCUAGCUUAAGCCUAUGUAAGGAUAUAAAACUAACUACAAUGCUAGCCGUCCGGGAAUUGUCACAGGUCUCGUGGCCUAUAGUUCUGGCGGGAACGGCAGUAUACUUUUCAUUGAAGUUGCCGAUAUGCCAGGAAGCGGCAGCGUGCAGCUAACAGGGAAAUUGGGCGAUGUACUAAAAGAGAGUGUGGAGGUAGCACUAACCUGGGUGAAAGCUCAUGCGUACGAGCUGGGUUUGACGCAUGACCCAUCGGAGAACAUCAUGAAGAAUAGAAGUAUUCAUGUGCACUGUCCUUCAGGGGCUAUCCCAAAGGUUUGUUUUCCCAUGAUGUUGUGUUAUAAUCCACUAAUGGAUCAACCAGGAUGGCCCAUCUGCUGGUAUGGCACACACUAUUGCACUUAUUUCGUUGUUUUCCGGCAAGCCUGUGCCCCCGACUAUGGCAAUGACGGUAGGUCUCACUAUGCAAUGCUCGUAUGUUCAUGGCCACUAACAUUCCAUAGGGUGAGAUAUCCUUACGUGGACGUGUUACCGCCGUGGGUGGUAUCAAGGAGAAGCUUAUUGGUGCUCUUCGUGCCGGUGUUAAGACUGUAUUAUUACCCGCAAACAAUAGGAAAGAGCAAGUUCUUCCCCUCCCCAAAAUAUCCAGCACACUAACAAUAUCCAGUAUCAAGGAUGUUCCCCAAGAAGUUAAGGAUGGCCUAGAGAUUAUUCACGUCAGGUAUGAGUUUUGACAUUUCCCUCAUCCCAUUAAUUUACUAGCUUUCAUGUGGAAACUGACAUGCCACUAGACACAUUUGGGAAGCAAUGCGAUACGUCUGGCCUGAAGCACAUUGGCCGGGCGAGGAGAAUUUGGCGGGCAUUGAGAGUCGUCUGUGAUUUUGAUAAUCAUAUCAGAUCCGAGAUCUCCCGGCGACACCAUGGUUGUGUAAUCUUGACGGAAAUUAUCCGCUAAUAAACUGCAUAUUUCCUCGCUUCUUUUAAAUGAUACGAUCACAGUUGGCGUCUCGAGCGAAAUCAUAAAAUACAUGAGCAAAUAUUGCCUUCUUGUGUAUGUUUACUUUUUUUAGCGCGCGUUUGGAGUACUGGGUUACUUGUUGGAUGGGCGUUAUUGUAUGGCCCCGAGGGAUUCGGAGAUGAUCAUAUCUACAUAGGCACUCACUGCUAUUUACCAAGUUUUAAAAAUCAAAUGGU